GAAUGCCAUUGGCCAGUAUGGCCAUCCAUCAGCAGGUAGAGUGGGCAGGGUGAAGGCGGGGCUGCACGCCAGCAGGCCAAGACCUGGUUAGUAUAAUAGGGAAGCUCGGUUGGAUGCAGGACUGAGCAGUGACAUUCUGGCCCCUUGAUCCUUUUGCAGGUUCACUCCCACCUGCGUGCAGCCCCACCAUGGAGCCUGGCAGCAUUGAAAAUCUGUCCAUCGUGUACCAGAGCAGCGACUUCCUGGUGGUGAACAAGCAUUGGGAUCUACGCAUUGAUAGCAAGACCUGGCGGGAGACCCUAACCCUACAGAAGCAACUAUGCCACCGCUUCCCAGAACUGGCUGACCCUGACACCUGCUAUGGGUUCAGGUUCUGCCACCAAUUGGACUUCUCCACCAGUGGGGCUCUGUGUGUGGCCCUGAACAAAGCAGCUGCGGGCAGCGCUUAUAAAUGCUUCAAGGAACGGCGAGUCACCAAAGCCUACCUUGCGCUGGUCCGGGGCCAUGUCCGGGAAAGCCAGGUGACAAUCAACUAUGCCAUUGGCAGGAACAGUACAGAGGGGCGAACCCACACCAUGUGCAUCGAGGGCACACACGGUUGUGAGAACCCUAAGCCAAGUCUCACAGAGCUGUUGGUCCUGGAACAUGGACUAUAUGCUGGAGACCCUGUGUCCAAGGUGCUGCUGAAACCACUCACAGGCCGAACACACCAGCUUCGAGUGCACUGCAGUGCCCUUGGCCACCCUAUCGUGGGUGACCUGACUUACGGACAGGCUGAGGACCAGGAGGACCAACCUUUCCGCAUGAUGCUGCACGCCUUCUACCUGCGCAUUCCCACACAGGCCGAGUGUGUGGAGGCCUGCACACCUGACCCCUUCCUGCCUGCCCUUGAUGCCUGCUGGACUCCCCAUACCUGCGUUCAGCCCCUUGAACAGCUCAUCCAAGCCCUACAGACUGACCCUGACCCCAACCCUAUGGAUGGAGGGCAGAGACCCCACAGUCCUUCCACACCCCUGCCCGGGCCAGGUCGGCCCCCUCCCGAGACUGAGGCACAGCGAGCAUCGUGCCUGCAGUGGCUAUCAGAGUGGACACUAGAGCCAGACAACUGAGGGCCUCUGGGCUUUGGGGGUUUAAGAGCUGCUAGACUCCGCAGCCGUGAUGGCUAGAGGACAGGGCACUCGGGCUGUGGGACAGAUGUCCAGUAGGCAAGUCUUUCAGCAUUCUUCCAGGGAAAGCUAAGUUCUCUCCUAUGGAAUAGCUUUCUGCCUCCUAAGCGUCACCCCAGGCUUGCCCAAGCCUUUAGCCAGGAGGGGCAGAGCCAGGAUCCUCCUGGGCCCCAUGGUGCCUGGGAAGGGCCAUCCUGGCAUUAGCCUAGCUGGGCUAGGUUACCUGCAGCCCCCAACCUGCCUCUUGCUGCCUGCCACUGUCAUGUGCCUUUGCCUUUGCUGAGCUCUGCCAGGGCCUCACCUCCUCUGCCCACAUCCAGCGUUUGGCCCCAAUGCAUGGGAGUGUGUUGGGGCAUCCACAGAAGCAUCCUCCAUGCAUGCCCAUCUCUCCAAGCCUGGUGUGGAUGCUGCUUCUGCUCUGUGGGCUCCUGGCUGGAGCUUCUGCCGUGUCACCGCCUGCCUGGCUUCCACAUAGCCAUAGACUGUCAGUGUCAGCCUUUGGGUCCUUUCCUGGAAGCCUUCUGGGCCUCACUUAUCUCCCACAACAUGGCCACAGCACCCUCGCUGCAGCUAGGGUCUAGGAUUAAGAAUAAAUGUUUAGUAAUCAA